AUGUCUUCAUCUUCAAGUCAAACGACUCCUCCAGGUCCAUCAGAGGCCCCCAGCGGAAGGAGCUCUCCGCCAACCUAUGAGUUAGCUGAGCUGUCUCACGAGCCUAUGGCAGAGCUAGUGAAAGUCGUCGUCGAGCCCGCAAUGCCUGCACCUACAAUGCAUGCACCUACAAUGCCUGUACAACUACAAACCCAAGAACAUUAUGAAGCCCACCAGUCGCGGGAGGAAAAGUCGCAGUAUCCAUGGAGAAUUUCUCGGCUCAAUAUCUUUUUCUUCAUAUUCGAUUUGCUGUUCUGCGGAUUCCUCCUUUUCAACCUGUUGCGGUGA